AUGAUUUUAGAAAACCGUACGCUUCUAGGAAAAGAUCCCGGUGUUCCUAAUUCAUUACCUUUCAAGGAAAAAGUUUUAGAGCACAUUGAGAACGAACGUCGUAAGAAUCUUUUGCAGCAAUCUUCCAAAUCUGAAAGUGCUUCAGUGAAGUCUAAAAAGCAGGAAGUAAAGGUGUCCUUCUCUAAGCAAUUUGAUCUUGUUGUUCGUAAAGCUGAUGUUAUUGUUGAAGUCCUUGAUGCAAGGGAUCCACUCGGCACUCGAAGUCUUGAAGCGGAAAAUGCAGUUUUAGCCGCCGGCAAAAAGCUCAUCAUUCUUUUGAAUAAGAUCGAUCUCAUUCCUCGUGAUGCUCUCCGGCAAUGGUUAGAGUACUUCAGAAAGUGGUACACCACUAUGCCAUUCAAGGCUAAUACUCAGGAGAAAUCUAACCGCCUUGGAAAUGUUCGUGGCAAAAUUCCAUUCAGCAAUGGCAUUUCAUCCAAAGAAGGCCUCGGUGUUGAUGGUUUGAAGGUCUUAUUGGGAAAUGUUCGUCGUCAUAAUGGUGGUCAUCUUGUUGUGGGAGUUGUUGGUUUGCCUAAUACUGGAAAGAGUGCUGUAAUUAACACCUUAGUUUGCCGUAAAGUAGCCACAAGUGGCUGUGUUCCUGGUUUAACCAGAGAAUGCCAAGUCUAUAAAAUUGACAACAAGUUUAAGAUUAUCGAUUCCCCUGGUGUUGUUCUCUCAAAGUCGAUCGAUCAGUGUGAAUUGGUCCUUCGCAAUUGUACAAAGCCUGAAAAUAUUGAAAAUCCCGAACCCGCGGUUAAUUCUAUCCUUUCCUGGUGUCCUAAACGGCAAAUAAUGAUCCGAUAUGCUAUUUCCGAUUACGCUAGCACUACUGAUUUCCUGUGUAAACUUGCUCAACGAAUGGGAAAGUUACGCAAAGGAGGUAUACCAGAUGUUAAAAGUGCCGCUCGUGUUCUGCUGAACGAUUGGAUAUCCGGAAAAUUAGCGCACUACACACUUCCUCCAGAAAGCUCUGCUCCUAUUGCUGAACCCAUAAGGCCAGCAAUCAUCGCCUUGGAGGAUGUCGACCUUCCUUUACCAGAACUCGAUGAGGCUAUCUUUAAAAAACUUCCUCGGGCCAAGACAGACAAUGACUUCUGUCCGGUGGCUAUUGUAAACUCCUCAGAACCAUUCAAUGCUGAUUUAGAGGCUGGGUGGACUUCUGUUAGUGGUAUACUUGUUUCUGACGAAGAGGAGACUGAUUUAGCAGAUACUACUACUGACGAUGAGGGUGAUGAUGACGAUGAAGCUAUUGACAACAUGGAUUUUGAAUCAGCGGAAUCAGGGGAUGACGAAUCUUUUGAAACAAUGGAAACAAAUUAG